CGAAGGCACUGAAUAAGAUAAGUUUGAUGAAUUCUGGAUAGAUUGAGCCAAUAAAAUAGUAAUAAUUUAGUGGGCGGAUUUCAAGCCUUAUGCGGACUACUCCUUUCUAUCAUAACCAGUGAUUAUAAGAAUGAGUACUCCAGCGAAAGACAAAGGCAAAGAAAAAAAUGAUAUUAAAGUUAAGUUGGACAACAGACAAUUUCAAACCUGUAAUAAACCUGAAACAGGCACAGCAACAUGGUGGAAUUCGUUUCAACGUAUCCAGGAUGAUUAACAAAAGAUUAUUCCAUUUGUUUAAUGUAUUAAAUGCAAAUCAAUAUUAUCUUAUGAUGCACAGAAAACUGGAAGUAAUUCACAUAAGUUACACGUUGAAACAUGUAAAGGUGGUGGUGUUAUCCCAAAGAUAACCACACAUUUCAAAAAUGAUAUAACUGCCAACAUCUCAAUGGAUUUAAGACGAUCAGUCACUGAAGCAUGCGCAAAAUUUUGUUCGUAUGAUAUGCGUCCAUUUGAUAUCGUGAACGGUCAAGGAUUUCAAAUAUUAUGCCAAGCGUUAUUAGAUGCUGGUCAUUCUCAAAGAAAACGGUUAGAGUUUACUGAAAUGUUAAAAGUUGAUCUGAAAAAUGCUGAAUUAUUCGGCAUCACAUAUAAUGGUGCAAAUUUAGUUAAAGCAUUUAUAGGCGAAGCUCAUCUUCGUUGCUUUUGCCAUGGUAUUAAUUUAACUGUUCACCAAGCAAUUGAAUCUGUUCCAGAAAUUCACCAAUUACAAAAUGAGUGUCGAACGUUGGUAACACAUUUUAAACGUUGUGAACUUCAGCAUUUAUUAGACACAACAUUACAGCACGAUUUUGAGGAUAUAAUGCUCAAUCGAAAUGAAGAGCAUUUUCUUGAUAAUAUUAAUCAUACAUUGGCCAAAGACGUAGCAGAUUUAUUAUCAACAUUUAAAAUUGGUAGCGAACCAUUAUCAGCUGAUGAUACGCCGACUUUACAUUUGUCUCUUACACAAUCAGAACGUAAUGCAGUUGUUGCAAGUGUAAGAAAGAUGAUAAAAACACUUGGUAUUGAUCAAGAAGCACUGUUUGCAUCAACAACAGCCACAACACCAACUCAUAAGAAAAAUCCAAAUAAGCGAGCCAAAAGAGAUAAACUCAAUGUUGAUGAAAUAUUACGAGAGUUUGGUAGUAAAGACGCAUCUUCAACAGAUGACGAAGAUGAUGAACCAUAUGAUGAAAUAAAUGAAUAUAUUAAAACAAAAUUCAUUUAUCCAAAAGGUAGAAAUAUUUUAACGUGGUGGAAAGAUCGUUCAAUAAUUUAUAAAGAAUUGUCAUGUUUAGCACUAUCAUUAUUAGCAGUUCCAGCCAGCUCAGCCACAGCUGAACGAAUAUUUAGUGGAACAGGAAGAAUAUUAGAGCCCCGAAGACAAUUAUUAAGUCCAGAAUCUGUUGAUUCUCUGAUAAAGUUAUAUAUAUGUAUUGUUUUACCACGUUUGCGUUUCCAGUUAGUUUUGACAACAAAUUGUGCUUACACAUCGGUACUCUCAUCACAACUGAAUGGUAUGAUAAGACAAUUAGAACUCGAUAUUCAUAUCUUGUCAGAUAAAGAUGAUCGCCGAUUCACUGUUUAUCAUUUACAAUUGGUUGAUGAUCAUACAACAUGUUUCUGUCUUCAAGACUGUCUUAUUCAAAUUCUAAAUUGGCAUCAACAGCACAUCCAUCAUUUUCCUGUCUUUCUUUUUAUCGAGAUCAAAAGUAUGAUACAUGAAGAUGUGAGAACUGGUCUAACUGGUGUGAAAUGUCGAGAUCUCGAGUUGAUAAAAGAUGAGUUAUUAAAUAUUUUUUCUGACAUUAAUCAUUUUAUUUUACCCGAUCAAAUUCAACAACACUUUUCAAGUCUGACCGAGGCAUUGAAUCAGCAGCAUUUCGAUGAGUCAAAAGGUGAUUUCAAUUAUUACGGAUAUGGUUGGUUACCAUUAACAUCUUGUCUGGGUAAAAUAAUUCCUGUUUAUCUAGAUGAUGCACAUAACAGAGCUGAUCAACUUUCUUGUUUAACAUCGUCGCCCGAUGCUUCACAUCGUUUCUUCUUCAUUGCACAGUCAAACAUCGAACAAUCGUAUUCGGCUGUUGUUGUCGUUAAAGAUUCUAUAUCGAUGGAAAAUGAACGACUAAUCAACGCGAGUUUAGCCAAAGGGAAGAUAGUACGAGUGUUGGUCAAAGCCAAUAGGAAACUGAGCCAUCAACGAUAUGUAAAAGCGUUUAGCCUUGGCGUACAUAUAGUAAGUAUCGAUUAUGACAAAUGUCUAUCAGACCAAACACAGUCAAGUAACAAGUGCUCUUAUAAAUUUACAACCAAUUUUCCCUCAUCUUUCAUCUGUAACCACAGAACAGCACCCAAAUAUUGUCAAGAACUGUCGAAUCAGAUAAAAAUCCCCGGUUCCGAUAUCUCAAUCUAAUCGUUCCGUACCAUUAUGUAUAUUUCUAGAAAGCUUUGAGAGUAAAAGAACGUACGAAAAGAAAAAGAUAGACGAUAGAUAAUGACUCAUGAUUCUAGGACAUUCUCAGGUGAUGCGUGCGGAACGGAAAAGAAAAAUAACGAAAAAAUAUACAUAUGCACGUGUGUUUUAGAAGCAAUCGGUAGUUUUAUUUAAUGUUUGCUGAUGCUGACUCGGAUGAGUCGAAAGCUCUUUUUGUUUAAUUCUACAAUGGAUGCUAAAAAGUAUUCAACGUUUGUGUCUGCUUCGCCUUAUUUUAGUCCUUCAAUAUCAAACGCGAUCCGUCUUAUCACAGCAAACUGAACCGGCUUUAAAGCAAAAAAAAGAGUAUGAAUUAACGCAUCUUCAAACUUUUGUUCCCUACAUCAAAAUAUGAAAAUUAUUUUUUUCCAUUUAUUCCGCGCUACCCGGGAAGUAUGACAGAGCAUUUUUGAAUAUUAUAUUCAUACCUCAAAUUAUUUCCUUUCUUUCUUCGCACUACGAACAUAUAUAUGUAUAAGAAAGCGAUUUUUAAAUCACACACUUGGUUGAUAAAUAGUAAUCGGCCGUUAUUUGAUAAUAUAAAAACAUAUACAGCAGAUAAACCCCCCCCCCAUAAUAGAAGCCUCCGGGGCUUCUAAACUGUCCAAGCGUUCAAAAUUUUUAGGGGGGGCUUGUAUUAUGAAGGGGCUACUAUUACGACUUUCGUACAAAAAUUUUCAGAAAAAAAAGGAGAUUUUGAAUUUCGAUGCUCUUGCCUUUCUAAUCACGGUAAUCUC